AUGGAGGCAAAGUUGAAAGAAUAUCGUGCACUUCGAAGACGUAAAGAAAUGAUUGACAAUGCAAAGGCUAAAUUAGAAGAGUCCAAGGAGAAAAUAAUAAACUUUUUGGUGCCUAAAUCUUUUACCAAUAUGGCCCAGGAUCAGGGAGAAGGAGUUGUUUUAUUGGAAAAAGAAGUAGUCCCAAUACACAGCAAGGUGCUAAUACAACCUGAAGAAAGGCAUGAUGAUAACUCAGAAGUUUGCGAAGCCUUGGUGAAAACAAAAGAAUCUUGGAGUACAAGACCUAAAAAGAGGGGUGAGGUAUCUGCUUAUAGUGUGUUUAAUGAAAACUGCACCAGCAUAGAUGGUACUUUAAAAGCAGAACAGUUUGAAAGAGAGAUAAGAUAUGGACCGAGCAGUGUCAGA